UUCUUCUCUCGAACCGUCAACACCAAGUCUGGCACGCGCUGAGUCUGUGUGUGUGUGUGUGUGUGUGUGUGUUCUUCCCCUAACCGGCGUCUCGCGCAUCACUCCAGCAUCCUGUAGACAGAAGACAGCAGCGUGUGGAGUUGAGGAGACUCCUAUCUCACACAUCUUUCAGUUUUGCUCUCUACGCGGAAGGGUCAAGCGGCAGAAAAGCAUCAUCUCUCAGCAUGCUCUACAGCUGACAGUGUGCGGCGUCAGGAUCUUCCAAAUGCGUGACUGCUAUAAAUAAACGCACCAAACUUUGCUCAUAAAUAUGUUCCUGGCCAUAUGCUGAAUUCAGAAAUGUCAUAUAGGUCCUGAGGAAUGGAUGGGAUGCUGAAGAAGAUCCAAAUCCACUGACAACACCAGAAUAAUCCGCCUGCUUUCUCCUGCUCUGCUCACACUCAGCAUCAUAUCACAGCUGCUGGAGGAACAAGGUGUGAUUUAGGGCUGCGCUUGAUGAAGAUGAUGCUGAGUCCGGAUCAGACCGAUCCUGAGCUGAUGUGGACUCAGUCGGACCCGGAAACGGUCCUGAACGUCAUUAAAGUGGAGUGCAUGCCUGAGCAGUCUCCGCUAGCAGACGGGAAGCAGCGCGCGCUCGCGCCUCCCGCACUGACCCGCGAGGAAAAGCGGCGGCGGAGGCGCGCGACCGCCAAGUACCGACUGGCCCAUGCCACGCGCGAGCGCAUCCGCGUCGAGGCCUUCAACGUGGCGUUUGCUGAGCUGCGGAAGUUACUCCCUACACUUCCGCCCGACAAGAAGCUCUCGAAGAUAGAGAUCCUCCGUCUCGCUAUAUGUUACAUAUCUUACCUGAAUCACGUGUUGGACGUGUGAACGAACUGGAGAACAUAUUAAACAUUAAAAAUCAUUUUCAAUCUGCAAGACUAUUCUGAGGACAGGAGUAAGCUCUAGAUAAGAUCUGUUUAUAAGAGUCUAGUUGUCAUAUGCCAGCUGUUAGAUGUAGACUACAGUGUGAGGUACUCAGAGUAGGAAUAGCAAUAUCCACUGAGGAUGAGUGCAAGAUAUUUAAGUGUGAAAUGGCCUAAAGUUAAUGCUUUAAAUAAUCACCUCAGAUGAAUAUGGGUUUAGCAUCAGGAAGACAUGACACAGAGUAGAGCAGCCUGAAGUGCUGGAAGCAUGAGGAGUCUUUAUUUUAACAUGUUAUUUAUUUUAUGUUUGUGUUGUAAACAGAUUUAUGUGUGGUUGUGUUAUAAAGUUGGAUAAUUUAUUUCAUUUUUAAUUAAUUGUUUGAUUGUGCUCUUAAACUAGGCCUAUGUGAGCUGUUUACUAAAUGUACAGUUAUUUAUCUUGUAAAGUGAUUGUGUUUAAGGUUUUGUUGUUGCUCUAAGCUUGCACAUUUGGAUAGUUAAUACUACAUUAGGCCUUUGAUAUCAAUGAAGGAAGUGAUUACAUUGCGGUUGAUAUCUACAUGGCAACAAGAUGCACUUCCUCUGUUUACAAAGUGCUUACGGAGACAUGAUCAUUUCUUUAUAUAACUCUGUGUAAUAUAGCCUAAGAAAGGUCUCUUUGGGGAUUAAGCAACCUAUUGUCUAGACAGAAUAAUUGAUUUCGAUAAUCGAUAAUGGGCAAUGCAAAAGAAUGCAAUAUUAUCUAAUGCCACAAGACUAUGUAAAUUCAAAAAGACGCUUUCUCUGCAGCGAGCAAAGGAUAAAGUUGUUUAUUUAUUUUCUUUUACAGACAAGCUAUUUUCUAUAUAUUAUUUAUUUAUAUUUUCAUUGUGAGUCUUAAAUUUUAUGGUACAAAAUGUUUCAUAUAGGCAUUAUAUCCAAAGAUGCCCAAUUCAGGGCCUUAAGUGUCAUUUUGUAUUGCAAAAAAAAAUUAGAAUUUCAUGUCUUGAUGGAAAAAAAAAAGAUAAUUGAAAUGAAACAUUCAAUCCAUUGUGUGUGGUUACUGCUAAACUGGGUAAAU